AUGGCCGACGGGCACGGCUGGUGGAAGCUGACGUUCCUGCGGAGGCGGCAGGCGGCGGCCCCGGUGCUGUACGAGAGCCCCCAGGGCCCCGCGGCGCCCGGCGGGGACGGCGCGGACGGGACGGACCCCGAGGGCGGCCCCGGCUUCGCCGCCCGCCUCGAGAAGAUCGUGGACAAGAGCGCCAAGGGCAAGCACGUCAAGGUCUCGCACUCCGGCCGCUUCAAGGAGAAGAAGAAAGUGCGGGCGACGCUGGCCGAGCACCCCAACCUGUGCGAGCGCCAGGAGCAGUGA